AAUGUCCUCUUUCCCUUUAUUCUUCUUAAAAAUUUAAUUUUCUCUUCCACUUUCCCUCAGUUUCUCACCUUCCAAACACACACUCUACAAGUUUUAUUAUCAUCAUGAAGUUUGGCAAGAGCCUUAGCAACCAGAUCGAGGAAACAUUACCUGAAUGGAGAGACAAGUUUCUCUCUUACAAAGAACUUAAAAAGCGAUUGAAGCUUAUCGAGCCGAACAAAGAUAGACCUAACAAACGCCAGAAACUCGACGCUCCCGCCGGUGAGUCCUUCGACGGUUUUUCCGGCAACACUGGAGACAACAAUAGCGACGGUCCGAUGACUGAAGAAGAAAUCUAUUUUAUUAAACUAUUAGAAGAUGAGUUAGAGAAGUUUAAUACUUUCUUUGUUGAACAAGAGGAAGAGUAUAUCAUCAGAUUAAAGGAAUUGCAAGAUAGAGUAGCAAAGGCAAAGGAUUGCAAUGAGGAGAUGAUAAAAAUUAGAAAAGAAAUUGUUGAUUUUCAUGGAGAAAUGGUUUUACUUGAGAAUUAUAGCUCCCUUAAUUACACAGGACUGGUAAAAAUUCUGAAGAAGUAUGACAAAAGAACGGGUGCUUUAAUUCGGUUACCCUUCAUUCAAAAAGUUUUGCAACAGCCCUUUUUCACGACAGAUUUGCUUUACAAACUUGUGAAAGAAUGCGAAAUUAUGCUGGACCGCCUUUUUCCUGUAAUCGAUCUGCCAUCUUCCGUUGAAGUUGCUGACGGGGACGAAGCGUGUGAUCCUUCGACUUCUGAUACGACUACUACUAUUAUUACUGCGGAGAACGACGGAUUGUAUAUGAAGAGCACCAUUUCAGCAUUAAGAGUAUUGAAGGAAAUACGGAGUGGAAGUUCUACGGUUAGUGUGUUUUCGUUGCCUCCGUUGCAGAUUAGCGGGUUGGAGGAUGCUUGGAAGAAGGUUCCGAUUCUGGAACAGGAAGCCAAGUAGUAAUAAUAGUUUGAGAUAAAGAAAUAGAAGCAAGCAGAACAGAGAAGAUCCCACUUGAAUUUGUAUCAAUUGCUGUUGUUUUUUAUGGCUUUUGUUGGGUUACUGUCCGGUGCAUGAUUUAUGCAUGCUUAGAUACUAACACAGAUGUAAAAUGUUUAAAUUACUGGAAUUAAUAGUAUUAUAUAAGCACAACAAGAUUUAAAAUAUUAUUUGAUUUUAAA